AUGGCCAUGAUCUUUGGUUUGCUAGUUCUGGUGCAAGCUUUGCGGAGUGGAGCAUCGGGGAGAAGCGAUAUGGUGGACGUCGUAGCCGUCCUCCAAGACCCCGUUCAGCUCAAUGGAGCUUGGGGCAUUGCCAUUGAGGGGGGCCUCGCCUACGUCGCAUCGCAAUUUGAUGAUGGGGUGACGGUGCUCGACAUCACGGAUCCCACCAGCCCGACUCUGGCAGGGUCCAUCAAAGACCGCACGAUCUUGGACUAUGCCUCGGGCAUUGCGAUCAGAGGGGCCCAUGCUUUCGUGGGGACCCAAGGCUACUUCGUGUCAAUCAGCAUUGCCGAUCCAAGCAACAUGACGAUCGUGAGCUCAGUGCACGAUUCCUUCAGCAGGAUUUAUGGAAUUGAUCAGGUUGUGCUCGAUGGGAAUUAUGCCUACGUUGCUUCGCAGUGGGGUAGCGCGCUUUCGGUGAUCGACAUCACUGACCCGAGCAAUCUCACCCUGGCAGGAACCCUCCAUGUCAGCAGCCUUUUUUAUGGAGUCCGCGGCAUUGACAUCGUCGGUGACCGUGCCUAUUUGUGCACUAACAACGGCAAUAUCGACUUUGCCGUGGUCGACAUCUCCGACCCGAGCAACCCAAGCCUCAUCGGCACCCUCUCAGCAGGUGAAUUGGAGCAAGCUGCUCGCACAGUUGUGGUCGGGAGCUACGCCUAUGUGACCGGGAUGCAGACUGAUUCUUUGGUGGUGGUGGGGAGCAAUGCUUAUGUCUCUACCCGGCAUGGCGUUGUGACUGUGGACAUCAGCGACCCCAGCAGCCCCACCAUCCUCGGCACAGGUGUCCAAAUAACUGACGAUCCUUCAGAUUCCGAUACCGACGCGUAUGCGAAGGAGAUCGCCAUUGUCGGCAACCAUGCCUACGUGGCCUGCAAUUCGGGCUUUAUGCACCGAGGCAUGGCCGUGGUGGACAUCAGCACUCCAAGCAACCUUCGCGAGGUUUCCUUCUUUGGUGAGAACCCGAAGAGCUUCCUCGAGGAUGCCCAUGGUGUGAAAGUCGAUGGGAACUAUGCCUAUGUGGUCGGUGACGAAGGUUCUUUCACCGUGAUCGACAUCAGCAACCCACGCGACCCGCAACUCGUAAGCACCAUCUUUGACAUGAAGAUGGACGGUGCCGAGGGCCUUGCAGUCUCUGGAGACUAUGCCUAUGUGGCUGCGAACUCCUACGACGGCUUUGUUGCCGUCCACAUUGCCGACAAAGCCAACUUGGCCAUCGACCUCUUCGACGGUGCCACGGAUGUGGCGAUCGCCGGAAACUAUGCGUUUGUGACCGCCUACUCUGAGGACGCUGUCACAGCGGUCGACAUCAGCAACCCCAACAACCUGACGGUCGCCAGCCAUUUCAAAGACAGCACACUUGAUGGUGCGGAGAAUAUCGUGAUCGUCGGGAACCUGGCCUAUGUGACGGCUUACAGCGAGGACUCCUUGACCAUACUCAACAUCGCCGACCCGUACAACAUCAGUCUCGCAGGCACUAUCAGGGACGACAGGCUUGAGGAAGCACGGGGCCUUGCGGUGGUCGGGGACUAUGCGUAUGUGGCUUGCCACGACGAAGACGGUUUCGCUGCGAUCCACAUCGCCGACCCCAGCAACCUCACCAUCGUAGGCCAGGGGACUCAGACCUCCUUGAGGAGGCCUGCGGUGGAUGGGAAUCAUGCGUUCGUGACAUCAGAGGAUCAUCACUCGGUGACGAUGAUUGACAUCAGCGACCCAAGCAACCUCACCAUCGUCGGCAAUUGGCAGCAUCCCUCGUUGCGUGAUUCCCGUGGCAUUGCGAUCGCUGGCGCUUACGCUUAUGUGACAGGAUACGAUUCCGACUCCUUCUUGGUGUUCAGCAUCGACACGACGACCACCACCACGGUGAUUACUAACACCAUGACCACGGUGACCACGGUCACCAGCGCCACUGCCACUGCCACGGAGACUGUGACAAUGACAGAUGCCAUGACCAUGUCCAUGACGACCACGGUGACGAAUCCGGUCACGGGCAUAUUAGACGCAAGCUAUGCGUUGCACAAGGAGGCUUCAGCUUUUGCCUUGCUCUGCCUACCCAAGUUUGAGGGCGCGCUCGUGCCAAAUGUCCUUUACCAGCCUUGUGCCGGUUCGUGUUCUGAACAGCUGGCCCAGCUGCUGAGCACGACCAUGCUUUGGCGGGACGACAAGCAGCGAACCUGCUGCUUGAAAGGAGUCCCGAAGACACGUGUGGACCAGCUGUUCCGCACCCAGCUUUUCCACGACCGCAAGCAGUACGAAGAGCGCCGCAGCAUGUCGGCCGAUUAUCGCGCCAAGGCCCCCGUCGUCGACUCCCGGUCACCAAGAUGUGCCUAA